UGUGCGUGCACAUGUGUGUGUGUGUGUGUGUGUGUGUGUGUGCGCGUGUUUGAUCAUUUACCUGUGAUUGGGAAAACAGCAGCAGGACCUUGGAGCCGUGUGUUUAUAACAGAGAGCAGAGGGAGAUCACUGACAUGGAGAAGCAGUUAACAGGUACUCUAGCUCUGGCUGUGUGUGCUGCUGCUCUCGGUUCUCUGCAGUAUGGAUACGGGAUUGGAGUCAUAAACGCACCACAGCAGGUCAUCAUACAGCACUACGCUCGCACGCUCGGCUUUCCCGUGGUUGAUGAACAUGAUAACGUUACACUACCUGAUGAUGAUGAAACGCAGAUGCAGGCGUCCGCUCUGACCAUGUACUGGUCGCUAUCAGUGGCCAUGUUUCCUGUCGGAGGAAUCAUCUCGUCCUUCCUGGUGGGAUUCGUCGCUGAUUUCAGAGGAAGGGUUAAAGGCAUGCUGGUGCUGAACGUUCUCGCUCUGGUUGCGAGUCUGCUCAUGGGUUUGGCUAAAAUGGGAAAUCCUCACGUCAUGGUGAUUGCGGGACGCGCCAUCAUGGGCUUCUACUGCGGUCUCUCGUCCGGACUCGUCCCGAUGUACAUCGGUGAAAUCUCUCCGGUGAAGUACAGAGGAGCGUUAGGAACGCUGCAUCAGCUCGCCGUCGUCACCGGCAUCCUUAUCAGCCAGGUUCUGGGUCUGGACUUCCUGUUAGGGAAUGAUGACAUGUGGCACGUGCUGCUGGGUUUAUCAGGAGCGAUCGCAACGCUGCAGAGUUUGUUGCUGCCAUUUUGUCCUGAGAGUCCGAGAUACCUGUACAUCAAACUGGGCAAGAAGGAGGAGGCCUGCAGAAGUUUAAAGCGUCUUAAAGGAGAAUACGACACGUCGAAGGAUAUCGCAGAAAUGCAGAGAGAAAAAGAGGAGGCCAUGAAAGAGUCAAAGAUUUCAAUAUGGCGGCUUUUACGAGCAGAACAAUAUCGCCAGCAGCUGUUCGUGGCUCUGAUGCUGCAUCUGUCGCAGCAAUUCUCCGGAAUUAACGCUAUAUUUUAUUACUCCACUGCCAUUUUCCACAACGCCGGAGUCGCUCAGCCCAUCUACGCCACCAUCGGAGUCGGAGUCGUAAACACCGUCUUCACACUGCUGUCAGUGGCUCUGGUGGACCGGGCCGGUAGAAGAACCCUGUUGUUAAUCGGUUUGGGUGGAAUGUGUUGCUGUGCAGUGGGAAUGACAGUCGGACUCGUUUACCAGAACACGUACUCCUGGAUGAGUUACUUGAGCAUGACGGCCAUUUUUCUGUUCGUGAGCUUCUUUGAGAUCGGUCCAGGCCCAAUCCCAUGGUUCAUAGUGGCUGAACUGUUCAGUCAGGGGCCGCGACCUGCAGCCAUCGCGCUCGCCGGCUUCUGCAACUGGACCAGUAACUUCAUCGUCGGCAUGUUUUUCCCUUACAUAGAGCAACUCUGUGGUACGUAUGUCUUCAUCAUCUUCGUGGUCCUCCUGUUCGGUUUCACCGUCUUCACGUGUUUACGAGUUCCUGAGACUAAAGGAAAGACGUUCGAGGAAAUCGCAGCUCUGUUUCAGAAGAAACGUCCAGCAGCCCAAACUGAGAUGGCGACGGAACUGCAGCAGCUCAAAGGCGCAUCAGAGGCCUGAACCAUGUUUACGCUAACAAUGAUGCUAAUGCUAACUUCCUAAAUCAUGAACAGCCAGAGGAAAAGAUGAUAAACGCAGUCUGAAUCAUGUUUUAUCCUUGUGUGAAAGUGCCACAGGUCAUGAAAUACAUGCUGAUUAUGCUAAUGCUAAUGCUAAUGGAGUCAAACUGAGCCUGUUACUCCUCUCAGAACUUACUGUUAAAACAAUAUAAAGUGAUUUUAUUUUUAUUUUAUUACAGUAUCAGGGACGCGGGAUGGCGGCGGCGGUGCUAGAUACGUCGGUCUAAUACGUUAGCGUUUCUAUAGUAACAGCUCAUUCACAGGAACUGAGCCUUAUGAUUGGCUAAGCCUAAAUAAACUUAAUUUAAAAAAAUGUGUUAUUAUUUAACAAAGAAAAGCGUGUAAAUGUGUUGAUAUGGUGAAGUUUUCUGUUAGGAGAUGUUUGUUUAACAUUUUAGAGAAAGGAGUCUCCAGUGUCAGAGCUUUGUUUCUAACAGGAGUUAGUCAGUUCCUGUUGUCGCUUACGUUACAGCAGCUAUAAACACUCGUUCCCUCACUAGCCUCUCUCUCUCUUUUUUAAGAGAAAAAAACGCAGCUUGUUACAUCAUGUUACUGAGAAACUGCAAAAAAGAAGCGUAAACUCUGCAGUUAAAAGUGUGUUUAUUUCUUUAUUUCUUUAUCUGUGUGUUAUGACGUUAGCCAGAUAAAAAAAAACGAGCCGCAGCAGCCUCAGCAUCCCUACAUCUCACGUCCUUGUUACUGUCAGAUUUUUCUAUUUUAUGUCAUUUUAUAUUUCGUUUCUUAUAAUAUUGUUUUAACAGAUACAGUCUACAUGUACAGAACUGCUAAGGUUUUUUUCAAAAGAUGCUAACAUUUUGAAACACUUUAGCAAAAGACAUGAUAAACAGCAACAAUGACUAGCUUCAGAUAGCUUCCAUUCAUUACAGCAAAAGUAGGUUUUUUUGUGCUGAUUGAAAAUGUGAUUUUUAAAAAGAACCCUGCUAACAAUAAAUGAAACGUUGUUAGCAUUAAACAUAAUCCAUUGUCCACUUCCCCUCUUA